ACACCGUUGUUUUGGUGGGCUGUUAUAAGGUUCAUUUGACUUGGUCCAUCUGAUUUAGUAGACGUGCCAGGUUAUCAAAUAGUCAAAAUGAGUGAAGCCACUUCCUAUAGGUUUGAGGUCAAUACAGAGAAUAAGAGUUUACAGAAAGCUCUUCAGAGACAGCAGGAAAGAAUCAAGAAUGAUGAACUAAUGGCAGCACGAGAAAAGACUGUGAAAUUGGAGAGUGAGGUGAACCAGAGAGCAGACUGGGAUGAAGGUUUGGAAGCUGCCAGUGAAAGGAAAAGAAUAAAACACAGCAUAGAGAGCAUGCAGGGAGAGCUCCUUCUGGCACACAAAGCUACAAUAAGUGUGAGAAGAGAGGCAUUAAAACAACAACUGAAAAAAGACUAUGAACAAUAUCAACAUGAACUGAAUAUGAUGGGUAAAACAUUCUAUGUGCAAAGAAUUUAGUGAAUUCUUAUGUUUGGGAAGAAACUAUCAAAAUUGGAAAACUUUUAUCUAUAAUGAAAAACAAAGUAUAAAAAAUGUGAAAAAGAGGAUAGGAGAACAUCAGGCCACUCAAGGAUAAAGCUGUGUGGAUUUAUGCAGUAUUCAACUGGAUUUCCUGACGAUAAAAUACUUUUGGAAAAUCUAAGAACUAUCAUACUUCAUUUCUGCAUCAGGCUAUACAUUUUAUGUAAAUAGUUUUCUUCAUUUUUCUAAAUGUCAUUAAAUUAAAAAAAUGUAAUUAAAUGAAACCAUAGCAAGCCAUUUGUUGUCAGUGGUGAAUAAGUUUUAAAAUAAACUGAU